AUGGAGCGGCUGCAGGUGGACGCGGCGGCCCUACAGGAAUAUGCAGAAUACCGGCGAAUUGUAGGUGAUGAUGAUGGAGGAAAGCUCUUUACACCUGAUGAGUAUGAAGAGUACAAAAGAAAAGUAUUGCCAGUUCGGUUACAGAACAGGUUGUAUGUGAGCUGGAGAUCACCAACUGGCAUGGACUGCAAGCUUGUGGGACCAGAGACGCUGUGCUUUUGUACUCACCGGUAUAAACAACACAAAACGGACUAUGAAGUGCUUCCCAAAGACCGCCCUGUACAUGUGCCUUGUAGAGUGAGCCGUUGUCCAUGCCAGUCCUAUCACUAUGUCCCUCUAAAUGGCACACAGCCCAUCCGCUGCAGAUGCAAACACUUUGCUGAUCAGCAUAGUGCAGCACCUGGAUUUUCAUGUAACUCUUGUUCCAAGUGCUCGGGCUUUCAUAGCUGCUUUACCUGUGCAUGUGGUCAGCCAACAUAUACUCACGAAACAGUUGUGGAAACUAAACAAGAGCGCUUAGCCCAAGGAAAGCCUGUGGGGCAGGAUGUUCCUUAUGCUGCUAUGGGAGGACUGACAGGUUUUAGUUCACUAGCAGAAGGCUACAUGAGACUUGAUGACAGUGGAAUAGGAGCUCCUUCAGCUGAAAUUCUAGAAUCCCCUGUUACUGGCAUGGAUCAUCCAUUUUUACGAGCAAUUGAAGGACCUUCUAGUUCUGCUCAAACCAUCUCACAGAUAACAGAUGGUUCUAGUGCCACAAGGCAAGUUUCUCACGGAAGACAUUCAGAAGAUGAUGACAUGGCUUACUUUGAAAAACGCUACCAAGAACGACUGAAAAAGGAGAAGGCUGCUAAACGGAAAGAAAAAAGUCCAGCGGCAUCAAAGAAGCCAUGA